ACCAAAAACUAGCGCAAAAAUGAUGAAAUGGAGAGCCAUAUCAACCGUUGUAAUAGUAGCGGCGGCAGUCAUGGCUUCCGGCAGCGAAAGCAGAGGCGUGGGCAGGUCGAAGAGGAGCACGGAGUUCAUCCGUACAUCCUGCUCCGCCACGGCCUACCCCACACUCUGCUACUCCUCCCUUUCCACCCACGCCGCCGCCAUCCAGCAAAACCCCAAGCUCCUCUCCACAGCCGUAUCCACCUCCGCCGACAUGGCCAGGCUCUCCCGCGCCGCCGGCAUGACGCCCCGCGAGGCCGGCGCCAUGCAGGACUGCGUGGAGGAGCUGGCCGACUCGGUCGAUGAUACGGGCAUAGUGAGUACAACACCGGAGGAGAUGGUGAGAGUGCAGGAAGAAGAUCACCAAGAGACGGGAGAGAGUGAAACAGAGGCAGACUCCGAUGAAACGGAGGAAACCAGACCGAGCGAACCUUGGCUAGAGCUUCCAAAAAGCCAAUCCCGACGGCCUGCGAAGUUCGCAGAUUAUGUUUGAGAUUUAUUUUAAUUGUUUAAGCUAUUUUUGUUUCUAUUGUCAAGACUUUUUAAUUAUUUAUUAUUCUAGAGUCGAGCGUAACUAUAAGCUCCGUUUCGGAUUUUCUUGUUAGUUCUUUUCCGGAAUUGAUCGAGUCGAACCAAGCCUAGGGUCCUUAGCUGUAUAUAAAGGGAUUCUGUACAUUGAAAAUCAUUAUCAAUAUAUCAUAAAUCUUCCCUUA